AUGGCGGUGCUUCCUCGCUUCCGCAAGAGCUCCGGGCGUCCGACCUACGGCCGGAGUCGACGGACUGUACUCAGUCAUCGCAUCCUACGCUCAUUACUGCACCUCAUUGCUUGGAUAUUCUUACUACUCGUCGUCAUUGGCAAUGUCUCCGACAAGCCCGUGCUGCGACAAACAUACUUUAUGAAAAUAGACCUCUCCGAUAUCAUUCCUCUAUCUGUACCCAACGCCGUCUUCAUCAACAGUAUUGCUCGAUCUAUUGGUCUGCACGAUUUCUACCAGGUUGGACUAUGGAAUUUCUGCGAGGGUUACAACAACGAGGGCAUCACCCACUGCUCGAAUCCUCAGACCCUGUAUUGGUUCAACCCUGUUCAGAUCAUUCUUAGCGAACUGCUAGCCGGAGCUUCCAUUGCUCUCCCGUCCGAUAUAACAGAUGCCCUCGAUCUCGCCCGGGCAGCGUCUCACUGGAUGUUCGGUCUCUUCCUUACGUCGACCGUCCUCACAUUUGUUCUCAUUUUCGCAUCUCCACUAGCUGUCUCAUCUCGCCCCCCGCAGACGAUCUCUUCCGAUCCAGGAGUCAACCGCCUUCACCCCCCGCACCGUCGGCGCACUUUUGUCUGGUGUCGCGCCAUCCCUUUUACGCUCAUUACUCUCCUGACUGCUAUUCUCACCAUCGUUGCAGCGGUUAUUGCGACUGUCAUGUUUGUCAUCUUCAAAAAUGUUUUCACCAGCGGCGACGCAUUCGAUCUUAACAUCAGAGCCGAACUGGGUAGCCGUAUGCUGGCGUUCAUGUGGAUCGCAGCGGCCUUUAACCUUCUCGCUUUCAUCGUCGAACUUGGCUCCUGCUGCGCUGCCUGUUGCGGUGGACGCAAGGCUCGUAAGGCGCUCAAACAUCACCCAGAAGCCUCCACUGGAACAGCUACCGGUAGCGCCACACCCGAGACGCGCGAAAAAAGCAGUUCGCACUCGCGCAGUCCAGCAACAUCAGAGCAUCGAUAA